AUGAACCCCCAGGGCGAGCCCGCCGCCGGUGCAGCAGAGGUGCGCGCAGAACCGCUGCCAGGAACAGACGAGCUGUUGUCGCUGCAGUCGCAGUCGCAGUCGCAGUCGCAGUCGCAGUCGCACCCGCAGUCGCAUCACCGCCGGCAGUCAUCGUCGGUGGGAGCGGUCAAGCGGUCAGCCUCACUCAAGGACGCCGCCAACCCUCACCCACACACCUCGCCCAAACCCCACAGCCGGGCCACACCGCCCCCUUCGGCUUCUUCCAGGCGACGGUCGAGCGCAGCCAACGGCGCAGCAGAGGCAAUUGGCCUGUUGGCCGACCAUGAGGGGAAGUCGCACCAUCAGCCCUACCACCACAACCAAGUCCAUCACCACCAGCCAAGCUACUCGCGCAAGCUAAGCAUCACCUCUACCACCGGCGCCGCCAAUGGCGCCCUACCACACCCGCACGACUCCUCUCGCAUCCAUUCCUCGCCGCCCGCCCGCUCAAGCAAGCUGCACAACUCCAACGCCCGCUCGCCCACCUCUAGCCCCCGCCGCUCCCGCCCUCGCUCCCCGGUCCAUGACCCCCCGCCCACAGGCACUGCACCCCCCAGGCUGCCCAAACUGCCCCCCGUCCUGCUACCCUCGACCGUCUACGACCCAAACACGCCCACCAGCAGCUCUGCCGCAAACUCGCCCUCCGCAGCCAGCCUCUUUGCCCCCAACCUGCAAUCCGUGAAUGCCCCGCGAGACUACUUCAAUUCCAAACCCACUCAACCCCAGCCCCCUGUCCAGCGACCACCCUCGCGCACCAGAGUCGACAAGGUGCUGGCCAAAUCCCCCCUCGCCUCGCCCGCCAUCCUCAGUGAGGCUGACCCAAGGCACGACUCUGCGUCGGGCCCAG